UAAAGAAAAAAGAUAUUUCAGAAGCUGUAUUGGCACUUCUGCUGCAGUGUCUACAAAACUGUCACUCCCAAAGGGACGGAUCAUCACACUGUAUGGAGUCUAGGCUAAGAGAGAGGGUUUUCUUAAGGAGGCGACACGUUUGUCUAAAACUGGAAGCUGUGAGGAGGAAGAGGAGGAGGUGAAGGAGGAGGAGGAGGAGGAGGAGGGGUUGAGAGGACUGACGGCAGAUGCCUUUGCAGCAGAGGACCAAGGAGGAUUGCCAAGAUGAAACCCCCAACUAGUUUAUAUAAGAUGGAUGGGACGACCUGAAUGCUGCACUUCUGCAGGACUGACUCAUUUCUGAAGAAAAUGUAGAUCCCAGGUUGCUUACCAGUCUUCUCCUGAUCCGAAACAGCUGUUGAGAUUGAUCACCCACAACCUUGGUAACGAUGGAGAGUGGAGUUUUUCUGCCCUGUCUGGAUCAGUUCAUGCUGAGCCCACUUGUCACUUGGGUGAAGACAUUUGUGCCACAUGAUGGGGGCAUGCACUUGGACUUUUCUGAAUUACUGGAUGGAGUUUUUCUAAAUGACAUAAUGACACAAAUAAAUCCCUCAGCUACACCUCCGGGUGCAAACAAAGUGAGCAGGGAUCCAAGUCAGAGGAUCCAGAACUUGAACGUCCUCAUCCAGCAAAUCAAGACAUAUUAUCUGGAUAAUCUGAGACAAUUAAUCAUGAUUCCUUUGCCAAACGUGUUGCUGCUUGGCAGGACUCCUUACUGUGAACAAAGUCUGGAGGAAAUAAAGAAAAUUUUGCUGCUGUUGUUAGGAUGUGCAGUCCAGUGUGAGAAGAAAGAAGAGUACAUCGAGAGGAUACAGACUCUUGACUUUGACACGAAAGCUGCCAUAGCUGCACAUAUUCAGGAGUUGACCCACAAUCAGGAGAACGUACUGGACCUGCAGUGGUUGGAGUCCAGUGAGGUGCACCCUGAUGAGCUGGAGGCUGCAGCGAAGAACAUGGCCACGCACCUCCGGCACCUGCUGGACCAGAGGGACACCAAUCUAGAGACUAUAGCAGAGCUAAUGCAGGAAAAGGAGGGUGUGGUUAGCUUGCUCAAUAGCCCCUCCAGCCCGCAGUCCGCAAGCUACUCUCCCAGCAUUCAGCAGCAGCAGGCGGGGACUCAGCAACACCUGGCGGUGGAGCUGGCUGACUCUAAGGCCAAGAUUAGACGACUUAGACAAGAACUAGAGGAGAAGAGUGAGCAGAUGCUGGACUGCAGACAUGAGCUGGAGAACAUGGAGGCAGAGCUGAAGAGGAUCCAGCAGGAGAACUCCCAGCUUCUGGUAGACGCCCGCGCAGCCCGCACCUACCGUGACGAGCUGGACGCCCUGAGAGAGAGAGCCAUAAAGGCGGACAAGCUGGAGAGUGAGGUGGGACGCUACAGGGAGCAACUGCAUAAGAUGGAGUUCUACAAGGCAAAAGUAGAGGAGCUAAAGGAAGAUAACAGGGUGCUACAGGAGACCAAAGAGGUGUUGGAGGAUCAGUUGGAAGGCUGGAGGGCUCGCUCAGAUAAAAUCCACCAGCUGGAGAAGCACAGUCUGCUGCUGAAGGCCCGGGUCCAUGACAUGGAACAGGAGAGGGAAGCUGAUCGGAGGCGAAUUGAGGAGCUUCAGGAUGAGAACCUGACUCUGUGUUUGGCUCAGAGGAGGAGCAUGGAGGAGUCCCAACACCUGGGUUGGGAGUUAGAGCAGCUCUCCAUGACCACUGAGAACUCUCAGGGCCAGCAGACUCUGAGCGAGGAGGUGAGUGAGAGGACUUGCAGUCGGAUGCUGAAGCUGGAGAAGGAGAACCAAAGUCUCUUAAGGACCAUAGAAGAACUCAGAGUUCUCUCUUUGAACAACAGCACACAUUCUAAACAUAACUAUCACCUGGAGUGUGAUCAUGUCUGCCAGAUGGUGUGUAGCACUUACAACUGUACCUCAUCAACAGAUGAAUCCACAAGGUUACAAACCUCUUGCUCAAAUGUAGGAAGCCACACUAAUGUAUUCCCGCUCAGAGCAGUAACACAGCAAAUGCUGAAUGGAGAUUCAAACUGCCAUCUUCGUGCAGAAGAGCUGGAGGGAGUCCAGAGUGAGAUCCUACUCACGGACAAUCCGGACCUUCAUAUUCAGGAGAAAGGACAGCUAGAGGACCAAAACAGUGGAGAUCAUUUGAAAGAACUGAUGUCUGAUCUGGAGGUCUUAGAAAACAAUCACAACAGGCUCCAUUGUUUUGUGGGAUCACGUGAUAGCUCCCCUAGCUCAAAAAGCAGCAGUCCAUGCCAUGACAGCAUCUUCACAGGUCUGCCAACGCGGUCCUCCUACGCCAGCAAGCACACACAGCGGCUAGAGGCCAAGUGCAGGGCCCUGGACACAGUUAACCAACACCUACAGACUUCCCUUGAUAACACUGACCGGAAAGUUCAGCGCCUGCAGGCGGAGGUUCAGGAACUGGAGGCAGAGAACCAGAGUCUGCAGGCCACUUUAGAGGAAUUUCGGAUCACUGCACGACGCCUGGAGCAACUGGAAACAGAGAAGCAAAGCUUGGAACAAGAAACUACAGUGCUUGAGAGGGAAAAGAGGCAGCUAGAGAAGGAGAAUCGGCGACUCCGCCAGCAGGCUGAAAUUCAGGAAGCCAACUUGGACAGCAGCAAUGUCUGUAUGGCCAGCCUGGAAAGGGAGAUGCGUUUUCUUGUGAAGGAGGUGGAUGGCUUAAGGGAGACUGCUGAGAGGGUCAAAGGCCUGGAGGGAGACAACAGAGAACUGACGAAGCAAGCUGCUAUCGACCAGAGGACCCUCGCUACCCUCAGAGAGGAGCUAGUGAGUGAGAAGCUGAAGACCCAGCAGAGAGACAAUGAACUGGAAAGACUGGCCCAUGAGCUGGAAAUGAAGGUCCUGAACCAGGAGAGCACACAGCAGGCUGAACCGGAGGCACCAGAUAACAGCAGGUUCAAGAUGCUGGAAUCAGAGUUAGAAUCAUCUCUGAAAAAAUCUCUCCGGAUUAAAGACGACAAGAUGGCAGCUUUGGAGACUCGUCUUCAGGAAUCCUCUACCUUAAACCAGCAGCUGCGCCAGGAGCUCAAGACUGUGAAGCUGAGCUAUGAGGCCUUGCAACAGAGGCAGGAGGAAGAACGGACAGCGUCAUGUUCCACCCCUCCCAGAGAGACUGGCAGGACAAUGAGUGAAUGGCUGCGUGAAAGUCAGGAAGCCACCAAGGAACUGCUGAAGCUCAAGGACCGUCUCAUUGAAGUGGAGAGAAAUAAUGCGACACUGGAGGCAGAGCGCCAGGCUAUGCAGGCCCAGCUCAAGCAGCUGGAGAGUCAGUCUCACAGCCAGCAGGCUCAGAUCCUCGCCCUGCAGAGACAAGCUGCCUCACUGCAGGAGAGCAACACAGCCCUGCAGACACACAACGCUAACCUGCAGGUGGAGAAAUCCACUCUAAACUCACAGAGCGCCUCCCUCAUGGCCCAGAAUGCUCAGCUGCAGCAGCAGCAGUCAGGGACAGAGAGCGAGCGGGACAGCGCCAUACGGGAUCGUGAAGAGCUGCGCGGUGUCCACGAGCAGCUUUUAAGAGACCACGAGCGGCUGGCGGCUCUGCAUGAGCGGCAAGCCAUGGAGUAUGAGGCCCUGAUGGGCAAGCAUGGCUGUUUGAAAAAUGCCCACCGCACACUGGAGCUGGAGCAUCGGACACUGCAGGACAGGUAUAAUAGCCUGUUGCAGCAGAGGACCAAGCUAGAGGACCUGGAGAAAGCCCUGAAGGAGGAGCAGAUGAGGAUGGCUAUGGAGAAAGAACAGCACAGGACCACUGCAGCUGAAUGUUGCAGACUCCGUGACGAGAAGGACUGGCUGAACCAGACAUACCGUCAGCUUCUUAACGACAACGAGUUGCUGACAGCGGAUCACAAGCAGCUCAAGAGCCAGCUGAAUGAGGCCAAGUUGGAGCACACAUGGCUGGAAGCCGACUUCUCCAAGCUCAAGAAAGAGUUCCAGCAGCUGGACAUCACCUCCACAAAACUCACCAACCAGUGUGAGUUGCUGAGCCAGUUGAAGGGCAACCUGGAGGAAGAGAAUCGCCACCUGCUCAGCCAGAUCGAGACCCUGAUGCUGCAGAACCGAACCUUGUUGGAGCAGACAAUGGAGAGCAAAGAUCUGUUUCAUGUUGAAGAGCGACAGUAUAUUGACAAGCUUAAUGAUUUGAGGAGGCAGAAGGAGAAGUUGGAAGAAAAGAUAAUGGACCAGUACAAGUUUUAUGAGCCAUCGCCUCCUCGCAGACGUGGAAACUGGAUCACCCUGAAACUGAAGAAGCUGAUUAAAUCCGGUAGUCGUGAGCAUGGGCCUGACCGCCCACCCACACCCACACAUUCAGGCGUUGCCGAGUCGCACCACUUCUGUCAUGACAACAACUCCUUCAUCAGCUCCAAUGGCUCUGGAGGCCUAGCCUCAGCAGGUGAUGCCAUAUCUCCCCAGCGGAACAGCACCACUCUGAAAAUGUUUCCCCGUAUGAGGAACAGGCUGAAGGACAGAGACAAAGUCAAGUCCCUCUUCCGUCGUUCCAUGUCCCUGAGCAGCUUGCUGAACCCCGCUGCCCCGUGCAAGGAGGAGCGCUGGGCAUGCAGCUCAGAGUGCCUAGAAGGUUCAGAGGUCGAUGUGGAGGACAGGAAGAACACAUUGACCUCAUCCCUCACCAAAUCCAUCUCGUCCAUCCACCACCUCAAUCAUCUCACCACUCUACCAUCUGGCCACAUCCCCACCACCAUCACUGACACCACCGACACUGUUCCAGAUCUUUCUGAGCUUUGGGUGACAGACAAGGAUUCAAAUGACAGCACCGUGCCAUCUGGAUUUGAGGACAACGACGAGCUGCAAAGUCACGUGCUGAAUGGUGUCCAGAGCCGAGCCCAAAGCGAGAGCAGUGGUGAGUUCAACCUGAGCAUGGAAAAUGAGCCAUGGUCAAAUGGCAGCAGUCCAGUCCAGCAACCUCCAUCACGCCGGUCCUCCUCCUCCUACCAGCCACCCAGUGAUACCUCCACACCCCAACACACACUGAAGCAGCAGCAGCAGCACAAGGAGAAAGCCUCUACCCUGCCCAUCACCAGCAGUCAGAAUUCAGACAUCCAGUUUAUAUCAAAGCAGAAAGAUCCUGUGCUCGCUCCGGACUUCUGGCUCACAAGGGGUACAAAGAGCAUCCGAAGGGGGUCUAGAGGGAAAGUGAUACGGCGCUCGUCAGAUUCAGGGGGCACAGUCAAAGCGAACCCAGGGAAUUCCAAACCGAGCUCUAACAAAGCUGAGACUAGAGUUUCAGUUUGUUCACCUAUCACAGUGCUGUAUGUUCAGGGUAAGUCAUCCUCAAUGUCUGGCUGCCUCAACUGCUUCUCCACCCCUUUGGGGAAAGAGGUGCGACUGAAAGGACCCAAGUCGCCCAAAAGUCUCCCUCGAGCCAGCAGUGUCAUUUCCACAGCAGAGGGGUCAUCUCGACGCUCCAGUGUGAACAGUGACUGCAAGGUGGCGAUCAAGGCUAACCUGCCCUCUGUCCAGGUUUCAGAUGAGAAGGUGACUAAAGAGGAAACAGGCAAUCAGCAGCAACCAGAACCGGACACCAAUGACAGCGAGCCUGAGCCCAUUCCUCCAAUCAAACCUCCCAGAGACCCAGCAGCUGUUGUUCCCACAGAUCGUCCCAAAUCCCCUGUGCAGGAGUCACUUUUUGGCUCAUCGUUCACUUUCAACUCUGUCUUCUCAAACACGAUCUUCAGUGACUCUGUGGUCACAACCACGACUAGCCUGGAUGCCCUCGGCAGCAACCAGGCAUUCAUCUGUCUGAAUCCAUCCCUGGUGCAAAACUGUCCACUUGAGAGCCAGGAGGAGGACACACCACAAACACUGCUCAACGUGGAGAAGGAACCGAGUCAGAAUGCAGAACCUGCAGCUGGGCUGGAGGACAAGCCGCUCACGAUUGCAUGAAAGCAGCUGUCACAUCAUGACUGAGUACUGUGUCAUUCUAAAGCAGGUAGCUGCAUUUCAUCGCAUCAACUGAAGCACACAGUUUAAGUCACUGUAAUUUAACGUUUGCAAUUUUUUCCACCUGAGUACACAGUCAUCUUAAAAGGUGUAUAUGAAAGCUGUUUAUUUUUCACACUGCUUUAGUAACAUUAACAGCCUUUACAGCACAUUAAUCCACCUGAGAAACAGAUCCAACAAUUCACAGCGUUAUUUUCUGUUAAAUAUAACGUAUGGAUAGACAUCCUCCUUUGCCCAUUAAAGCCUUUUCACCUUUACUUUACCAUACACUGACAAUCCUGUUCGAUAUAUUUGUCUUUGCCAAAAAAAAUUGUUCAUUCCUGCUGUUCCUAUUUAUGUCCUGUUACUUGGACAGACUUUUAAAUUAUUAUAAAUUGAUUGCCAUGUCUGUUAGAUUUAAAUUUGAUCCUUGGGGAAGGUGAAAUAUUAGUUCAUGUGUGAGAAACUGUGUAAAUCUUGUAAACUAGGAUGUGUGUCUGACUGCUCUUUUCCCUGAAAUAAACCCUCUGUGUAAAACACU